UCUUCUAUACAUAUCAGUCACAAGCAAAUAAGUGAAUAUAAUUUCCUCAUAGAUACACAUUCAGGAAAUAAUGGGUUCCAAUGUUUCAUCUGUGCAUGAUGUUCAUUCAUCAGUGGGAACCAGGAAUGCCAUGGUUGUUGAAAUCGAAUCAAGAAGACAAUGGAGAUCUCUCUUUGAUUCCAUGAAAUGCUCAAAUAAAUUGCUAGUAAUUGAUUUCACAGCUGCAUGGUGUGGACCUUGUAAAGCGAUGGAACCUAGAGUUAAAGAGAUUGCUUCAAAGUACUCAGACGUUCUGUUUGCUAGGGUUGAUGUGGAUAAGCUAAUGGAUGUGGCUGGGACAUACAAAGCUAUUACACUUCCAGCUUUUGUUUUUGUGAAGAGAGGAGAAGAGAUUGAUAGGGUUGUCGGAGCCAAACCUGUUGAACUUGUGAACAAGAUUGAAAAACUUAGUGUUUAAUUAAGGUUUUUUUUUUUGUUUCCUUAAAACAAAACAAAAGAAGUUUACUUGUGAGUGUGAUUUGAUUGUUUGAAAUUGGGUUUUAUACCAUUUGGUUUGUCGUUUUCUCAAAGAGUGAAUAAAAUUGUCAAAAUAUGUUUGAGACAUCA